AUGUAUCUUACAUACUCCAUCAUCACUAACAUGAUCGGAUCAUGCAACACAUCAAGACUACUACAGCUCCCUUCUGCCAUCAGAUGUCGACCAGCAGACCUCCUGCUGCGAGGACGUCUCUUCUCGAGCACAUGUCGCCAAACAGCUGGCCAUGAAAACCCGUUGGGCCUGCCGCGAGCAGGAACACCUCCAAAUCUUGCUGCACGCAUGAAGCGAGGUCUUCCUGGGAAAAAGCCCAUCGUCAAUGUGCGCAAAGUAGUAGCAGUGAGCAGUGCGAAAGGUGGGGUGGGGAAAAGCACAAUAUCCACCAAUCUCGCACUCGCCAUGGCUCGGCGAGGUCUACGCACUGGCAUCUUGGACACCGACAUCUACGGACCCAGUAUUCCGACCCUGCUUAACCUGGAAGGCUUCGAGCCCGAGCUUGACAGCAGCAACCGACUACUCCCGCUGACAGCGUAUGGAGUGAAAGCGAUGUCCAUGGGCUUUCUCGUGCCACAAGACAGUCCGAUUGCCUGGAGGGGUCUCAUGGUCCAGAAGGCCAUGAACCAGCUUUUGUUCGAGGUUGCUUGGCCGGAGUUAGAUGUACUGGUCAUGGACUUGCCACCCGGCACAGGCGAUGUGCAGCUCACCAUCACACAAAGCAUUGAGCUUGAUGGUGCCGUCAUCGUUUCAACGCCACAAGAUCUUGCGCUGAGAGAUGCCGUGAGGGGUGUUGAAAUGUUCAAGAAGACCAAGGUACCUAUUAUGGGAAUGGUCCAGAACAUGAGCACCUUCACAUGUACAAACUGCGGACAUCAUCAUGAUAUCUUCGGUUUGGAUGGUGCUCGAAAAAAGUGCGGCGAGCUUGGCCUAGACCUUCUGGGUGAUAUACCGCUGGACAGCCAGAUCUGCAGCGAUGCCGAUGCCGGGAGACCUACCGUUAUAUCUCAGCCCGAAUCAGCACAAGCCGCAGCGUUCGGCGUUGUUGCUCAGGCACUUGCGGCGAAGCUGAAGUUGUGA